AUGGCGGUCACAGCAAUUUCAGAAACCUCUCAAAUCCACAGAUUCCCUCAAUACAAAUACAUCCACGCCGUCCGUUGGCUUCCGGUUCUCUCCGCAUUCAACCGCUUCGCCGUUCUCGCUUCCUCCGACUCCGAUUCCGACGUCUCUUCCAUCGAAAUCCACUCUUUCAAACCAAACCCUAUUUCCUUCGAUUUACAUUCUUCAUGGGCCUCUCCUUCCCCAAUCUCCUCUCUCAAAGCCUCGCAGUUCCUUCAGAAAUCAGUCAUCGCCGCUUCAACUUCCUCCGGCUCGCUUCACUUCUUGUUCGCCGAUUCCAGCGACGGGAUGCUUGAAUCUGAGGUUUCUGUACCGGAGAACGAGCUUCAUUCGGUGGGGAAGUCUUGUAUUGAUUUGAUCGAUGGUGGCGUUGAGUGUGUUACCGUUGGGGAUGAUGGGAAGGUUAAUUUGGUUACGGUGGGAGAUUCUAAUUUGAAUUAUAGGAGGUUGUUUGAUAGUGAUGGGUUGGUCUCGUAUACGGCGGUGAAAUGGGCUUCGCCGGUGGAGUUUGCUACUGGGGGAUAUGGAUUUGGGCUUCAAUGGUGGGAUCAGAGGAAGCCGGGUGACCCGGUUUCUCAGUUUAAGGGUAAUUGGGAUACAAAAUUGACUUCUGGCAUAGUGCACUCUAUCGAUAUUCAUCCAUCAAGAAAGCAUACUUGCCUGGCUGGUGGCUCCUUAGGUACUGUUUUGGCUUGGGAUCUUAGGUGGCAACAACAACCAAUUAUACUCUCAGGAGCAGGAGCAGGGAAUGGGGCUGGCAACACUGCAGUCCAGUCAAUAUCUGAAAGUGAGGUUUGGGAGAUUCAAUAUGAUCGUUGCAUAAAAUCAAACACUUCAUCAACCCGGAUUUUACCUGCCAUGAUAUGCUCUGAGGAUGGAAUUCUUGGCGUGAUUGAGCAAGGCGAGGAACCUAUUGAACUGCUGGCAGAACCUUGUGCCAUCAAUAGCUUUGAUAUUGAUCGACAUAAUCCAUUGGAUGUGAUAUGCAGUUUAGAGUGGGAAUCAGUAGCCAUAUUGACAAGACAAUAA